UGAUGUCGAAAGCCUUUGGCUGGGGCUCUCUGGGGCUCUCUCCCUGGCUCGCGCACUUACGAGCGCUCACUCUCUCGGGCGCUCCGUGCCUUUCCCAGUAGAAGCCUCUGGCGCUGCCGUCGCCGGUUUCUCGCCCAGGCAGGGCUGGCUGCUGCUACUUAGUCAAACUUUCCUGGGGCUGGAAGGGAGGAACGAAGCAGACACGGGGAGGAGAAGAAGAGGAGGAGGAGGAGGUGCGGACUGGUCGCUGCUUUAAUCCCUCCGAUUGUCUCGAGUUGCCGGCAGAUUCCCUUAAAAGUAAGGAGAGAAAAGAAGAGAGGGCUGCUCUCCUCGAGGUGCGCAGAGACCAGUAGCUGUAUUUCAAAGCGUCCCCUCCUCCCCACGCCCGGCCUUUAAUAUAUAUAUAUCUAUAAAUCCCCCAGUCGCCUUCCCCGACCAAGAAGUUCGCUUGUUGGUGGCGUGGCUCGGGCUGGGGGUGGGGGGCGGAAAGGAGAGAGAAAAUGCCCCAGCUCAACAGCGGCGGAGGCGAUGACUUGGGAGCCAAUGACGAGAUGAUCGCCUUUAAGGACGAAGGCGAGCAAGAGGAGAAGAUCCAGGCCAACGUCUUCACCGAGGGGGAUCUGGCUGACCUCAAGUCAUCGCUGGUGAAUGAGUCCGAAAGCACCGGCGGAGGGGAAGGAGGCGGCGGCGGCACCGGUAGCAGCCCCAGCAGCAGCCAGACUUCUAACGCCGCGGCCACAGUGGCGACAACAACAGGAGCCCAUUCCGAGGCUAUCAGGCGCUUGCAGGAUACGCAGAGGGUCUAUCAGGAGAAACUCCCGGAUCACAUGGAGGAUGGCUUAAAACAUCAGGACCCAGGGAUGUAUAAAGGAUCUUCUUACUCUGGAUACCCUUUCCUAAUGCUCUCAGAUGCUUACCUGCCAAAUGGAUCGAUGUCACCUUUGUCCAACAAGGUUCCUGUAGUGCAGCCGUCCCAUGGCGUCCAUCCACUCACCCCACUCAUCCCAUACAGCAAUGAACAUUUCAGCCAUGGCUCCCAUUCGCCACACCUGCCAGCUGACAUCAACCAGAAACAAGGUGUACACCGUACUUCUCAAACAUCGGACAUUUCUGGUUUCUAUUCCCUCCCUCCUAGUGGAGUUGGACAGAUAACACCUUCUAUGGGAUGGAUCUCGCAUCCCUUGAUGCUCGGCUCUGGAAUGCACACCACAGGAAUCCCACACCCGGGCAUCACAUCUCCUUCUAGGAAACAAGAGUUUGACCAUUACGACCGGAGCAUGAAAUCACAACCAGAACCAAAGAGAGAGAAAGAAGCCAAGAAGCCUACCAUCAAGAAGCCUCUGAAUGCUUUCAUGCUGUAUAUGAAAGAGAUGCGGGGGACAGUCAUUGCUGAGUGCACCUUGAAAGAAAGUGCAGCCAUUAAUCAGAUAUUAGGAAGGCGGUGGCAUGCGCUGUCGCGGGAAGAACAAGCCAAGUACUAUGAACUGGCCCGCAAGGAAAGGCAGCUCCACAUGCAGCUCUACCCCGGCUGGUCUGCAAGAGAUAACUACUCUUCUUCAGGCUCUUCGUCCCGUGAUCACACAAAGUUUAACUCAGGGCCCCUGGAAUUCAGCAGCACCUCGGGGCCGGUUUCUGCAGCAAGGGGGAAAAAGAAAAGACGAACAAGAGAAAAACAGCAAGACUCCAACUCAGGUAAAUCCACUGGUGCAAACUCCAGUACAUUAUCUGGUAACCAACGCUUUGUUUAUAUUGGUAGGGGAUUAGUUGAGGCAGCUGAACAAUAGCUAUAAUUUUCCUUUGGAUUUGCAUCUGUGGCUUAAUGGGACUGGGGUAAUCCAUAUCUAUGCUAAUACUACCUCCUUUUCAUCUGUAGACUGGGUUGCUAUCUGUGCUUAUAAACUUUAAUCUGUGUUUCAUUUUCAUAUGAGACCUAACCGCUAUUUCUUCUAGCUUGGCUGCUAUCUGCAAUUGUCUCUCCUGUCUGUUCUUCUGUGACGUUAGCAUCAGAGAAAAGGAAUACUAUUCAGCUCAUUCCUGGUUGCAUUUUGACACAUCAAAUUUAGUCCCUUCCUCUUGCCAUUAACUUUUGUGGUUGUUAAUUUCCCAAUCACCUAGUUCUCUGCAAAGAUGCAGAAAGCAAAAGGUCUUUAAAAUGCAGCACAGUAGCAAAUUCUUAACCUGUUAUCCAAGAAGGAUAACAUAACCAUAUUUUUGCCAUAAACUAGAUGUCUAGGGCAGGCAGAAUCCUAACCCAGAAUCCUAUACAUCUGAACUGUAUCUUUGGGUGCUAUCAAGGUAAAACAUCUCAUCAGCACAAGCAUUUCCACUAGUGAAAUACAAGCCCCGCCCCCAUGUACACUCUCCCCAAAUCUGCACAGGAUUGAGGGGAACUCCUAGAACAAAGUUAGGGGGCACACAGAGUAGGAGAAAGACCAACUGCACAAGCAGUGCUUUGGAUAGGAGAAGAGGUGAUAAGGGAACAGCUAGCUGCAGAUAGAACAGGUUCCUGUGGACUAGAGGUGGGCAAAUAUUGGCCCCCAUCUUCAAACAGUGGGGAAAAAGAAGGCCCAGUUAACCAGUCAACUCGACGAUACCAGGAAUGUCCUAGAACAGAUAAUUUAACAGUCAGUCUGUGAGCACUUGGGAGGGACCCAGGUGGCGCUGUGGGUUAAACCACUGAGCCUAGGGCUUGCUGAUCAGGAGGUCAGCAGUUUGAAUCCCUGUGACGGGGUGAGCUCCCGUUGCUCGGUCCCAGUUCCUGCCAACCUAACAGUUCGAAAGCACGUCAAAAUGCAAGUAGAUAAAUAGGAACCGCUACAGCGGGAAGGUAAACUGUGUUUCCGUGUGCUGCUCUGGUUCGCCAGAAGUGGCUUUGUCAUGCUGGCCACAUGACCUGGAAGCUAUACACCGGAUCCCUCGGCCAAUAACGCAAGAUGAGCGCCGCAACCCCAGAGUCGGUCACGACUGGACCUAAUGGUCAGGGGUCCCUUUAUCUUUUACUGUGAGCACUUAGAAAAGGAUGCUGGGAUUACUGAGACCCAGCAUGGAUUUCUCAAAAGCAAGUCAUGCAAUACUAAUUUUUCAUUUAUUUAUUUUUUGUGGAGUUACAAGCUUGGUGGGUCAGGGGAAUGCUGUGGACACAGCGUAUCUUGAUUUCAGCAAGGCUUUUGACCAAGUCCCCCAUGAUAUUCUUGUAGAGAAGCCGGUAAAAUGUGGGUUGGGUGAGGUAGCCGUUAGGUGGAUUUGUAGCUGGUUGAUUGACCGAACCCCAAGAGUUCUCACUCAUGGUUCCUCGUCAUUCUGGGAAAAGGUGACAAGUGGGGUGCUGCACUGCAGGAUUCUGUUCUGGGCUUGUUGAUGUUCAACAUCUUUAUAAAUGACUUGGAUGAAGGAAUAGAGGGGAUGCUCGUCAAAUUUGCAAAUGACACCAAACUGGGAGGGGUAGCUAAUGCUACUGUUCUCCCAGUCACUGCAUUCUUGGCCCUCGUGUGUGAGAUUAGUUUUGGUAUUUGCCUAAACAUGCUUUAUUUCCUGAAGAGAUGCUGCUUCCAGCAGAAACUGGGUUGAUGUGGCCUGUUUAGUUUUGUCUCCAGCUGCUAAAUUGAUGCUGCAUCUUUUCUUCUUCCUCUUCCUCCUGCUCUUGCUGCUGUUUGUGCCUCUGCCUUGCCCAUUCUCCACCACGCAUGCUCCUUCCUCAGAUCCUGCUUCUCCUAAGAAAUGCAGAGCUCGCUUUGGUCUCAACCAACAAACGGACUGGUGUGGACCGUGCAGGUGUGUAUUGGACAUCUUUGCUUUCUAAGCUUGUUGCUUAUAAUGCGGUUUGUUCUUUGCUGUGCAAUUUUUAUUUUUCAUGUCCCUUUUCUGCAGCUGCCCUUGCCCCUCCCUGCCCCUAACAAUACUAAUGGUGCUCCUUAUGACCUGGCUAGGUUUUCCAUAGAUUUCACCUGUUUAUGAGUGCUGCUUCCAAAAGCUUUCUGAGAUGGGAAAGUACAAUGACCGGGGGGGGGGAUAUUAACCAUGCAAUCCUAUGUAUGUCUACUCUGAAUCAACUUUCUUCCAGUGCAGACAGAUGUCUCAGGGUGUUUUUACAUAACAGAAAGGGUGGAAGUUGGCAUUCAUUUCUCCCUUGUAGCAUGGACUCCACCUGCCUUCCCUCACACUUGGAAGAUCUUCCUUUAUGGGGUAUCACACUGGCAAGGUCUGGAUGACCACAUAGCCAGGAAUCUGGAACUGGCCAUUUCCUGCACUGACUGAGGUUUAGAUUAGAUCACCUGUUGAAAUGAUUUCCAAUGUUGUGGUUUUCAGCCCUUCAAAAUAAGUUUUUCUAGAUUUAUGAAUCACGAGGUCCAAAAACCUGCUCUCGGCAACCUUCUCAUGUGCCUUCGUGCCAUCACCAUCAUCCGUUUUCUCAUCAUUAAGGGUGGAGUCCUGUUCUCUUAUCAGGAGACUUCAGUGAAGAGAAAACUGGUUGUCUGAAGAGGGCCAGUAUAAAAGGGGCAUUGCAGCCACUGUGUAACCAGUUCUUUAAGACUGCCUAGUUCAUUCCUGUUCACACCUCCCCACAGAACACAGCAUUUGUUACAGGAAAAACUGGUAGUCUCCAGCCACUGUCUGAUAAAAGCUGGUGAUCCAGUUAUUCUCAUUAGCCAUUAAGUGGCUUGUCAUCUUUUACUAGCAGGCUCUAUAUUGAAUAGCCUAAAAUUAUGCAAAGAAAGUUAAAAGGUCAACUCACAAGACUAGACUGCUGAUUCCCACCCAGCAGCAUAACUAAUGCCAGUCUUAAUAGCUUUCCUUUCAAAAUGCAUGAAAAUGAUUUGCAUUAAUUAAUGAACACUCCCUUUGCUUUUGUGCAGCACUGAUUAGUCCAGAAGCAAAUGAGCUGGGGCCUUCCUUAUACCACCAGCAGAGUAUUAGGGUCAAGGGGACAUAUUCCUUAUAUAUGCUGCCUGCACCCUCAUUCAAACCAAUGGGCCUAGUUUGAGGGCUUCUAUGCAACAGGGAGCUGUUGGCUGGUCUCAUAAGAUUUGGUUGCUGGCUUUAGUACCUAGGCUAACCGAUCUGUACGCAUGCAUGCACAGAGAGACGUUUUUUCACACUAUCACGCUGGUGCUCCACCCUAGAGAUAUGCAGAACUGCAACAAUUGGUAAGAGUGAUUUGUGACUUCAUCAUCUAUGCAAUUCAAGUGGGGCAUGUUUAUUUACCCUACUCCAUCUCUUGACAGAAUAUUUGCAGGUAGACAAAAAUAAUUUACAUUUUUAAUAGCAUUUAUUCCUUCCCAUUUAGAUUUCCUUGACCUCCAUACAUUUUAAUUAAUUUUCCCUCUCCCCAAUUCUGUCAUGGUCUUUGAGGGCCACACACCAUGUGACCUUUAGGACGGUCAUACUGGAAUGACCAUUUGACCCAUCUUUCUCAAUGCAGCACAAUAUUUCGUGCAAGCAAGCUAAGAAGCUGGUGUGCUCAAUAGCAUUCCAACUUCUUCAGUCAUGGAAAAUUCACUGCAUUCACAUGGCAUUUUGCAAGUGAUGGCAUAUACAGUUGAUCACACCAAACUUUUCACAUCUGCAAUUUUUCCAUUUCUUUGCUGCUACUUAUAAGCAGAACCCCUAGAACCUGCUGAUCUCCCUUUACAAGUAUUCUGAUGCCACAGAAAGCUAAUCUGCUUCCACUUUUGUCCACUCUGAAACAGGCUGCAGCUCCAUGGUUACACUGCCACCCAGUGGUAAACACUGCAAAUUGUCAGUGUACUUUAGGAAAAUAUUUCCCACCACUCACCCAGCUUUUGCUUUUGUGCUGCAGAGAAAUGACUGUAAUGACUGCUAUCCCUCUAUCAUUUUAAGAAUAUGACCCUGUAAAUUCACCCUUUAUUUACAGAUAACUCUCUUCACUGUUCUUAGGAGGAAAAAGAAGUGCAUUCGGUACCUACAAGGAGAAGGACGCUGUG